GCAGGCAGGGUCGGUAUGCGCUGGCUGGAUCUCGUCCUGCUUGUUCGUCUGCCCGGGCUCUGGGGGCGAUGACGAAAGCUUCCACCACCAACAGUCUCUGAAGCGAAAGACCUUCUCAUAUCUUAGCGGUCGAGCGAGAGUUGAAAGUAUGUCAUACGCAGCCUCAUCUCGUUCCCCCGAUGAAGCUCGCCGUCGACAGUGCUCUCCCCAGGCCAAGUCCACCAGCCUGGGCAUCGUCUACUCCAUCACUGGAGCUGAAUAGUAGGCUGCCAUCGCAAAGGUCCAAACGAGCGUCUUUUACUUCUAAGAGAAAGUCAACUGCUCCUUUACGAAUUAGUGGGCCCUCUGAAUUCAGAACAGUCUCUAGUUUCGCAACUUCUCCUAGGGGAUUCCAUCCUGACAGUUUUAUUCUCCCUUCUCCUGGACAGUUUCGACCCCUUGAGCUGAGCUUCGAAGCCUCCGGCAAUGGACUACCAGAUCUUCCUGAGUUUGAUACAUUUCAAGUAGAAGAAGAAUGCCCAGUACUUACACGGCCUCCGCGCACUCUGAGAACCUCCGCUGAUAUCUCCCGUAUAUCCCGCGCCAAAUCCCACCGACUUUCUUCUUUUCAAUUAGUGCGGAAACCUGUCGGCUCUGGAUCCCGGCGAUCCUCUCUAGCUACUAUGGAACAGCUCAUGGAUAAAAGAGUUCCUUUCAGUAACCCCUUGGUCCCUCACUUUUCUGCUCAUUCACAAGCAGAUAAUGAUCUGACUGCAAGUCAGCAUCACUCUGGUUACACUAGUCUGGACUCAGUCAAUGGUUGCGGAUUGGUAGUGUCGAAGCCGGAGCCUCCCAAAGAGCCACAAGCAAGCAGAGUCACUAUACCCCCUAGAACUCCUACCAACGCCAGCACCAACCUGCAGGACAGGCCAUUACCCCCUAUCCCAGUGGAGGAUUCUCCUUCAUCAAGCACCACCCAACGACCCCCAACAACACCGACGGACACCCGACCACCCACCACUCCUUCCGAGAAUCGUAACCCUAACUCAGCAACAACAACACCCACCCGAUCUGGCCGCGUCACCCAAUGGCUCUUCCAGUCAAGCAACAAGGUCUCCUCCUUCUCUUCCUCCGUAUCCCCUUGGAAGUCCACCUUCAACGACAAAAACCCCUUCCGCAUCCGCUCUCGUACCCUCAGUGGUUCUACUAUCACCUCAAGUCUGACCAGCCUAACAGGGGGCUUCAAGACUACCCCAUCUUUAUCCAGCAAUACUACAGCAGUCACCCCAGCUCGUCCACACCACAUUGAUCCCCGUCUGGAAAAGGAGUUGGACGUGCCUAUGUCUUUUUCUCGUCCCUAUAUACCUAAACAAGUUGAUGAGCCCACCAUCUACCCAACUAUCUUUGAAGGUCAACAACAGCAUCAGCAUCCGCAGAACGGAUAUGAUGAAUUCGAUCACAAUUACUACACGACGUAUCGUCGGUCCGCGGUCGGUUUAGCUUUCUAGGGGGAUUGAGGCGAGAGACCUAUUUGUGUAUAUAGCUUUCACUUUUACGCCGUCUUGACUAAUCCUUUUCUGGUAAUAGUUCGUCUGCUUAUUAUUAUAUACCUUAUUGUUUUUGAUAUUUGACUAUGGAUCACUCGUCUCUUUCCGUUUCAAUUUAUUUCUCUACCUAUUCAAUCUUGGCCAGUAGAACAGACGACAAAAC